CCCUCGGCUGCUGGCCGGCAGCCCCCCCCGCCCCUCCCGCCCUCUCCGUGCCUUGGGGCCUGGGCAAGGCCCGAGCCCUGCUCCGCCGCCAUGCCGGCGGCCGCCGCCCCCAUGAUCAGCUCCGUGCAGAAGCUGGUGCUGUACGAGACCAGGGCUCGGUACUUUCUUGUUGGAAGUAAUCCUGCAGAAACCAAAUAUCGUGUUUUGAAAAUAGAUCGCACUGAACCAAAGGAUUUGGUUAUAAUUGAUGAUAAGCAUGUGUAUACACAACAAGAGGUGAGGGAACUUCUUGGCCGUUUAGACCUGGGAAACAGAACGAAGAUCGGGCAGAAGGGCUCUUCUGGAUUAUCUCGAGCUGUCUCUGCUUUUGGUGUAGUAGGUUUUGUCAGGUUUUUAGAAGGCUAUUACAUUGUGUUAAUAACAAAAAGAAGAAAAAUGGCAGAUAUUGGAGGUCAUGCAAUAUAUAAAAUAGAAGAUACGAAUAUGAUCUACAUUCCUAAUGACUCUGUAAGAGUCACUCAUCCUGAUGAAGCCAGGUAUCUGAGAAUCUUUCAAAAUGUGGACCUUUCUAGCAACUUCUAUUUUAGUUACAGCUAUGAUCUGUCUCACUCCCUUCAGUAUAAUCUUACUGUCCUGAGAAUGCCACUUGAGACAUUAAGAACUGAAACAACUCAGACCCGACAAGAGAGUUUUGAUAUAUUUGAAGAUGAAGGACUUUCAACACAGGGUGGAAGUGGUGUAUUUGGGGUUUGCAGUAAGCCUUACGAAAAGUAUGUGUGGAAUGGCAAACUUCUGGAGGCAGUAAAAAAUACUGUUCAUCGUGACUGGCUGCUGUAUAUUAUUCACGGAUUCUGUGGGCAGUCGAAACUGUUAAUAUAUGGUCGGCCUAUAUAUGUCACUCUGAUAGCCAGAAGAUCAAGCAAAUUUGCUGGAACACGUUUUCUGAAACGAGGAGCAAACUGCGAGGGAGAUGUUGCUAAUGAAGUGGAAACCGAACAAAUACUUUAUGAUGCUUCAGUUAUGUCAUUUUCUGCAGGAAGUUAUUCUUCCUAUGUUCAGGUUCGAGGAUCUGUCCCUCUGUACUGGUCUCAAGAUAUUUCAACUAUGAUGCCUAAGCCACCCAUAACGUUGGACCAAGCAGAUCCUUUUGCGCAUGUUGCUGCUCUUCACUUUGACCAAAUGCUUCAGAGAUUUGGCUCUCCCAUUAUUAUUUUGAAUCUUGUGAAGGAACGUGAAAAAAGAAAGCAUGAACGGAUUCUUAGUGAAGAACUUGUUGCUGCUGUGACAUAUCUCAACCAGUUUUUACCCCCAGAGCAUGCAAUUAUAUACAUACCCUGGGAUAUGGCCAAAUACACUAAAAGCAAACUUUGCAAUGUUCUUGAUAGACUCAAUGUGAUUGCAGAAAGUGUAGUAAAGAAGACUGGAUUUUUUGUAAAUCGACCUGAUUCCUACUGCAGUAUCUUGCGGCCAGAUGAAAAGUGGAACGAACUGGGAGGUUAUGUUGUUUCCACUGGUCGCUUGCAGACCGGAGUUCUCCGAACCAAUUGUGUGGACUGUUUGGAUCGCACUAACACAGCCCAGUUUAUGGUGGGAAAAUGUGCUUUGGCAUACCAACUCUAUUCAUUGGGAUUGAUUGAUAAACCUAAUUUACAAUUUGAUACGGAUGCUGUUAGAUUAUUUGAAGAAUUAUAUGAAGAUCAUGGAGACACGCUUUCUCUGCAAUACGGAGGUUCUCAGCUUGUCCACAGAGUAAAAACCUAUAGAAAGAUAGCUCCGUGGACUCAGCAUUCCAAAGAUAUUAUGCAAACACUCUCAAGAUACUAUAGUAAUGCUUUCUCAGAUGCGGACAGGCAAGAUUCUAUCAAUCUCUUUCUGGGAGUUUUCAAGCCUACAGAAGGAAAACCUCAUCUCUGGGAACUUCCCACUGAUUUUUAUUUGCAUCACAAGAACACUCUCAGUCUGUCACAGACCAGGCGAAGCUAUACUUACUGGUGGACCACAGGUGUGCUAAAGCAUUUACCUCUUCCUUUUGAUGAAGUGACAUGUGCUGAAAACAGGCACAAGUUGACAGUGAAGAAGUUCCACAAGUAUGAAGAGGAAAUUGAUAUCCACAAUGAGUUUUUCCGGCCAUAUGAGUUGAGCAGUUUUGAUGAGACUUUCUGCUUGGCAAUGACCAAUUCUACACGAGAUUUUAUGCCUAAGAAUGUGGGGAUUGAUCCAAGUCCGUUUACUGUUCGUAAACCCGAAGAAACUGGAAAAUCAGUGUUGGGGAACAAAAGUAAUAGAGAAGAAACCGUGCUGCAGCGCAAAACAGCUGCUAGUGCUCCACCACCCCCAAGUGAGGAAGCAGUUUCAAGUAGUUCUGAAGAUGAUUCUGGGACAGACAAAGAAGAUGAAGGUGCAGUUUCUCAGCGUUCAACUCCAGUAAAGGUUACUGAUACAGGAGAUAAUACAAAAAUCACAGAGAAUGUAGUGCAAUCGACAAAAGAUGUGUAUGGAGUCAAUCUUUCAGAUGUUCCUUCAGAAGAUGAUCUUGCAAUAUAUGCUAGGUUUGUUCAGCUGGGACAGAGUCAGCAUAAACAAGACAAGAGCAGCCAGCAAUUUUGCUCAAAACACCACUUCGAUAAGGUUAUAAAUUUAAUACCCAUCUCCUCCUUUUCUCAAGACAAUAUUUAUGAAGUCCAGCCUCCAAGAGCCGAUAGGAAAUCAAUAGAGAUUUUUCAUGCACACAUUCAGGCUGGAAGAGGAAACAUGCAACCACUGGGAAAAGAUGACUUCCUCAUGUACAGAGAGUACAUUCGAAACAGAUACCUGUAAACACAAGCUGGAUUUUCCUGACAAGUCUACUGCACUGAUAGGUCAUAAAAAUAAUUUUAGAAAGGAAAACUAGUUUGGUAUUUUGCAGUAAUAAAUUUAUUAUCUAACAUUUCUAUUUAUUAUGCUUUACUAUUAUACAUUUACAGUAUAGUGCUUUACAGGAAAAAAGUGAUUUAAUAUCUGCUCUUCGGCUGAAAGAGAAAGUGUAUCUUAAGUGAUUAUUCAGAGCACCUACAGUCACUGAAGAGUAAGUAGCAAUUUAUGGGAAAGAAAAUACUGCAUCUUUAGGCUUUUUUUAUUAAUUUCUUACUUUGUUAUGUUUGCUAGUAAAGUUGAAGUGAUUUGUACAUACAAAUCAGAAGAUAAUACUUUUCUUCCUCUUUGUUCCAUGACAGCAAACAAUCUUUUUUACAACAGAAUGUUUUCUGAUAUUUCUUGACAUUUUUAGCAAACCGAGUGCUAAAAUGACUGCUUGUAAUUUACUGCUUUCUUAAACAAAAGUGGAAAAUGUGUGGCUUAUUUCAAAAUAAAAAUUUGCUUCUAGACUAACAAACUUUGUAACCCUAAUUUGUGUCAAAACUAAUCUCACUGGUGCUAGUAGUUACAGAAUCUGUGCCACAUGCAGGGUGAAAAUGGCUUGUGACUAAUUAUCAUGGGCUUCUAGUAGGAAUCUGAGGCGAACUGCUUACUGACUGACUCUGCAAAUGAAGGAAUGAGCUCCGCUUUACUCAGUUUAAAUUCUUAGAGGGCACAAAACCCUCCUGUCGUUUUUCUGUAUGACAGGCGUUACCCUUUUUGCAGCAUGCUCUUUCCAUCCCCGUAUUUGUGCUCCUGCGAGAUGCUUUCAGGUUCAAGCCUACAGCCUCCCAAGAUACCAGUAUGGGUGAGUGAGGGUUAGGGACUGGAUCAGCUGGGGUGGUCAUGCAAGAGGAAGCAGUAUAUGGGUUAGGCAAGAAUAUCAUGCCCAGUGCUAGGUAAGAAGUGGAGAGGCAGCAGGUAUCUGAAAAUAGGUUGUUUAAUUUGGGCUUGUUAUUAAAACAUUUCUCAAAUUAAAAAAAAAAGGGGAGGGGACGGAUUGAAACCCCUAUUAUUUGCUAUUGCAAGCUAAAAUUCCCAAAUUCCCAACACUGCUUUCUAGCCCUUUGCCUUGAAAUGUACUGACAGUGUCAGCAGCAUCCUUGACAAAUCACAUUAUUCUGUAAGCUUGUACAGACCAUAUUUGGGGAUUUUCUGGAAUAACUAAAUAACUCUUUUAGGAAUGUCAGCCAGCUUCAUGUGCUAGAUGUUGAGAACAUGUUUGUAUUCCUAGUAAAUUGCUUGCGGGCAGCUACCCCAGAUUCUUGUCUGCAUGCUGCAAACAUAUUCUGAAUAUGUUUGCAUAUUUUAUCCAGUAAGUUGCAUUUUCAUCAGUAAUUCAAUGAGAGAAAAGAUGCAGUGGGUAAAGGGAAAAGACAGAAGUUUCUUGUGAUAAAAGUAUGUUGUUUCAGGGAGUGACUUGUACACAGUGAGAGAACAUGGUACCUCAAGCUACUAAAAAAUUUUGGUGACCAAUCUCUUUUUUUUUUUUUAAUUGAUUAAUCCUGUUUUGAGAGAAAGGAAUGUAUUUUAGGAGAUGCAAGAACGAAUUGUCACUUUAGAUAAUACUUCAUUGCAACUGUGAUGUUUUUUUUUCUCUGGAAAAAAGUGUACUGAAUUCUUUUGUGUAAUAUGAAAAAUAAUUUGAAGGAAUAAAUGCUUGCUUUGGAAAAAUGUAGAGCUGGAGUCCUUAUUCUAAUAAGGCAAAUGCAUGCUUUUCUUGCUGCACUUAAACUAUUUCAAAGCUUGUUUUCUAGACUGUCACAAUCCUUUUGUUUUUCAUGGAUACUGGUCAUACAUAGAAGUUGCUCUUGAAAGCGUACCACGUAACCAUGGAUAAGGCAGAAGGUGAUGCUUUCUUUUUCAAGGUCUAAUGUUGCAAAAUAUGAAACUGUAAUAAUUUCACAGCUCUAAGAGAAAAUAC